ACGGUUUCCAGACUCCUGGAAUACUUGCCUUCCUCUCAGACAACUCUUGCUGUAAACUGAGGAAUUCAGGCUCUGUUCUUCAUCUCCUCCUCCUCUCCUGCUUUCGGCAAUUCCCCACUGACCCUUCAAUGCUGCAGAGUUACCUGGAGGCGGAGGAGGCAAAAGUCUCCCAACCAGAUGCACGAAAGGAAUUCUCUUAAGGGUCAGAGAAGAGACCAAAGACCCUCAGCCACCUCCUGCAAGACCUUACAUGUGAAUAAGGUGAUGUCCAUCUUGUUUUCUGUGACCUUUCUGGCUUUUCUCUGUGGCAUCCAGUCGACCAGCAUGGACCAAGGGAGUUUAUCAGAAGAUUCCAUGAAUUCUUUCCUUAAAACACUGAUUCAAGCUGGCAUUUGGAAAAACAAGAUCCCCAAACAGACGGCCAGAACUAAGGAUGGCGUGCCAACCACAGAGAAGAAAAGCGAGGUGGAACCAGAGUUGACUACCAGCCAAGAUAUUAGAUUGGGUUUCCAGCCCGUCGUUUCGUUGGAUGCUGAAUUACUGAGGCAGCAGAGACGGUUCAGUUCUCCCCGGGUCCUCCUGAGUGAAAAUACCCCCCUGGAACCCCCUCCCUUGUAUCUGAUGGAGGAGCCCAUGGCGCUGAACCGAACGUCUCGCCGGAAGAGGUAUACCGAAGGGAAAACCCACCGCGGGGAAUAUUCCGUGUGCGACAGCGAGAGCCGAUGGGUCACGGACAAAACAUCCGCGGUGGACAUCCGAGGACACCAGGUGACUGUCCUGGGUGAAAUCCGAAUGGGCCCAUCUCCGGUCAAACAAUAUUUUUACGAAACGAGGUGUAAGCAAGCCAAGCCUGCCAAAAGCGGUUGCCGCGGUAUCGAUGACAAGCACUGGAAUUCCCAGUGCAAAACCUCACAAACAUUUGUGCGGGCAUUGACUUCGGAAAACAGUAAACUUGUAGCCUGGCGAUGGAUCAGAAUAGACACUUCCUGUGUGUGCGCCUUGUCCAGGAAAAUCGGGCGAACAUAGGUUCAUUUUUCUCUCUGCCAUAUAAGUUAUUAUGACUAAAUUAUAUGAUAUGCAUGUAGCAUAUAAAGGUUUCUAUUGUUUAUAUAUUAUAAGUGGUCCUUAUUUAUUAAAGUCCAGCCAAGUACUAUCUCUCUCGUGAUAAAAGAAUAGUAAAGAAUGGAUGUAUACCA